CUGCUGAGCAACCUCAGCACUGAAAGGCAGGAAGAGAGCAAGAGAGAGGUUGAAGAAAAGGGGGAGUGACGACGGCAUGCACUUUUAGAAAAAGUCAAACGGACUGAAAACUUUGAAAAAGAUCUUUUCUCCUUGGAAGUGUUUCUGUUUAUUCCAUGAGUGCUGCAAGCGUGCUCAGGUCUUUUAGUCCAUCAGCAAUGCCUGGUCCAGUAAUGCCGAUGGAUGUGGCUAUGAGAUUUUACAUCAGCCACUCUCCACCUCCUCUCCGAGGUUUCCUCAGCUCCUACGACGAGCUGCAGAGGGCCAAGAACAGGGUCAACCAGUCCACCACCCACGGCCACAACCAGCAACUCUACAAACCCCUGCGGCCCUGCCUCAGCAACCAGCAGAAAGCAGUGAAUGAUGGCGGCUGCAUCGGCUGGAACACCAACAACAAGGUCUGCAAGAAGAAGGUGGUGUUUGCAGACACGAAGGGCAUGUCACUCACUGCCAUCCACGUCUUCUCCAAAUUCGAUGAUGAACCAUAUCAAAACAAGCAUUGUAGGGGAAUCAUGGAGGAGCUGCAGUUUGACAUGGCAGACCUGGAAGCAGCCACAAUGGAUCUUAAGAUCAGCUCGGUGCGCAGCCUGACACUGGACUUUAAACAGCCCUCAGCUGACUACCUGGAUUUUCGGAACCGCCUGAUUCAGAACUCAGUCUGCUUGGAGAACUGCUCCCUGCAAGAGCGCUCGCUGACCGGCACCAUUAAGGUCCGGAACAUGGGGUUUGAGAAGUUGGUGCAUGUGCGCACCACAUUCGACUCAUGGGCCAGCUUCACCGACGUUGAAUGCUCCUUCAUGAACAACGUCUACAGCUGCCAGGAUACUGACACCUUUGCAUUCGUCCUGGAGCUGCCCACCUACAUCCCACCACAGAAUCGGGUCGAGUUUUGCAUCUGCUUCAAAGUCCAGGACCAGACCUUUUGGGACAAUAAUGACGGCAAGAACUAUGUUCUUAAGCAUGUUGGCUGGAAUGGAGAGGACCUGAAGAUUCUGACACCCCCAACUUCUGUUGAGCAGAAGAAGCCUUCAGAGCAUAAAAACGGGGAUGUGAAGCUGCUGGAGAUGGAGCAUGAUCAGUUUGGCAGCCCACGCAUGUCCAGUGGACUCUUUCCUGGCUGGCAGAGCUGGGGUCAGAUUGAUAAUACUGUGCCUUAUUGGUGAAAACAUCAGAAUGUUUGCUGAAGUGGCAUUAAAAUAAGAUAACAGACACUGACAAGGCAUUCAGUACGAAUCCAGCUGUGGGUUUGAGCUUACACUGGCUCUCAGCCAGAAACUAAACUCAAGCAAACAACUACUACUUUUUUAGCAGUGGAAGUGCACAAACCAGACAGAAACCUAACUGUACUGUGCUCAACUGAUUUUUACUGCUUUUUGCUGUAACGUGGUCAUUUGUCCUGAGAGACUUGAUGAUCUGUGGUUGGAGGACAAGGGAUAAAUGGGGGAAAUCUAUCACGUUUCACAUAUUCCUCUUUUGUAACAUAUUAAUGUGCCUUCUCAGAGUGCCUGCCCACUAAAAUACAGGCUAUUUGUACAGUCCACAACAAAUGUUAAGCCCCUUUUGAGGGCCUGAUGUAUUGGUUAAAUGUGCACUGAUUGGAUUGAGAUGUCCCUCUCAAUGUGAUGUCUGUAAACUGAAGAAGUGGAAAUGGAGCUGAUUAAGUCCUUCAUAUUGAAGGGAAAGUACCGGGAGUGCAUGGCGAUAAAAUGCUUCUCUACUAAAAGAAACACCGCUGAUUCAUUUCCAAUGAAAAAUGCACACUAAUAUAAUUUAAUUUUUAAACUUGAUUCAUGCAGCCCUUUCUUUCCCUCCAUGUAAAUUGCACGUUUGUCUCAUGAAAAAUGUUUGGCUGAUGGAAUUUUGAGGUAAGUUUGUUAAGGAACUGAGCUGCUAUCAACAGAUGUGCCACAAGCGAGACGCUGUAUGUGACUGGUUGUCUCAAACAGGGAAGAAGUUUGGAAAUUUCUGUGGUUACGGGAUGUGAAGAAAGGAAUGACGUAAAGACCGAUUGUUUUUAUUUGGUUGUUUUCAAGUGCAAUUCUGUGAUGAGUGAGUAUGUGUGGCUGGAAUUGAGAUUUUUCUUUUUUGAAACAAUCUACUUUUUUCUCACAGUAAGGAGAGGUCUGUGCCCCAGCAUUUUAUUUCACUUGAAGGUGUGUGUUGCUGACAUGCACAAUGUCAGUCAUGUAUUUCCCUUUCAGAAAUAAAUUUCUAUAUUUGUGCUAA